AUGUUGCCAAAAAACGAAAACAGGACAAAGUAUAGUGCUGAGACUGUCACUCGUGUUCUUUUCUGUGGACCUUAUUUCCCUGCAUCUGAGAAUAUUACGAGAGAGCAUUUAAAACGCUAUCCAUUUGUGGAGGUGGAUGUGGUUCCCUUUGAAGAUGUCAAAGAUGUGAUUGGGAAGUAUGAUAUGUGCAUCGUAAAAAAUAUGAAGCUGAGUUCGGAUAUCAUUGCUAGAGCAAGCAAAAUGAAGCUAAUAAUGCAAAAUGGAGUUGGGAUAGAAGGUAUCGACAUAAGUGCUGCAACUAAGCAUGGAAUUAAGGUUGCAAGGAUCCCGAGCCAUGGCACUGAAAAUGCAUAUUCAUCUGCUGAAAUGGCUAUCUAUCUCAUGUUGGGCCUCCUUCGUAAGCAAAAUGAAAUUCCAGUUGCUGUGAGGGAGCAAAACCUUGGAAACCCAAUUGGCAACUCGUUGAUGGGAAAAACGGUAUUCAUAAUGGGGUUGGGAGAUAUUGGCGUUCACUUAGCGAAGCUUUUGAGGCCCUUUGGUGUGAAAAUCAUUGCUACCAAAAGGAGUUGGUCUACACGUGAUGAUGAUGAUCUUGUGGAAGAGAAGGGCUGUCCUCCGGAUACUCUAAAGUUUGCAAGUCGUGCUGACAUUGUUGUCUGUUGUCUUACAAUGAAUAAUGAAACGGCUGGUAUUUUGAACGAGACAUUCAUAUCUUCCAUGAAGAAGGGGGCUUUCCUGAUAAACAUAGCUCGAGGGGGGUUAAUGGAUUAUGAAGCCGUGUUUCGAAAUCUGAAAUCGGGCCACUUAGGAGGCCUGGGAAUUGAUGUUGCCUGGUCCGAACCGUUUGAUCCGGAUGACCCUAUUUUGAAAUUCCCGAACGUUAUAUACACGCCUCACAUUGCUGGAGCUACUAAAGAAUCAUAUGAAUCGAGGGCCAAGGUUGUUGCUGAUGUUGCCCUUCAGCUCCAUGCCGGGAAGCCUGUGACCGACUUGCUUGGGGUCGAAAUUGUCAAUUGA